CAUAGCAAGCAUUGACCACAUCAACCAUUUGAUUUUCUAGAAGAAAAAAAAAACUUCAAGCAAGUUGAUAAACUACGAGAUAUUCUCGGCCAAAAUACUGUCCUAGCGAAGAUGGUGAACUGUUUCAGUGAAGAAAAAGCUGUCAAGGUUCCAAAUUUCAGUUAUAAAAAGUCGUUUCUAUACACGCCAUGCAACUGUCCCGUUGUCGACUGCAGUCUUUCGGGUCAGGAAAAACAGCUUUCCGUGCGGAAGUACAAAUCGUCACGGAGAAUCCGAAAAUUGGCCAGGCCAAAAUGUCCGGUUGGUAAAUUCUACCAGCGUCCGGUAAGACAAUAUGGACGCACCUUCCAGAUGAUCCGAUCCUAUCAAGAGCCGUAUGCAUCUACACGGGUUCAGCAGUUGGCAGUCCCGAAGGUGCGAAAGUUGCUGGCGGCCCGUGAGGAAUACAAGCGGUUUAUUAACCGUUGCUGGUAUGAUCGAUUCAGCAAACGUAUUAAACGAAGUAUGUUUACUGUGUACAGCCGACUGGCAAACGUACAACUGCCACAAAUCAAGCCGAAACCAUCCAAAAUGACACCGGAACAGUGGCAGAUACAUCAACAGUGGCUAAAAAUCAAUGCACUUCAUAAGAAUGUUAAAUCAAUGAAGAUGAAACCUCGUAAAAGAAUGAAUUAUUCGGAUCUGCUGGAGCGAAUCAUAAGCCUGUCGACACCUCGUUGGGAAACGAAAAAAUUUACCGGUCAACCUAAAUUCCAACCUGUUAAGCCGAGUGCAUUGAAUGCAGUAGCAACCGAAAGAAUGAUGCAGCUUUGUAUUCCCAGAGAGAGAAAUCGACGGGCAAAGGGUCCAAUCAAGGAAGACACGGCAAUACCUGAAGAUGUUUUAAAAGCGGUUGCAUCGGAAAGAGUUGUUGAACUUUCGAGACCAAAAGUUUACACAAACGUCAAGAAUGAAUAUCGAGAGAAUCCUUUCACAGUUGCCCCAGGUGCUUUGAAAGCUAAACCUAGUGAGCGAAUAUUGGAAUUGGCGAAGCCUAAAAAGCCGAAGAAGAAGUAGUUUGUUCUCGGAAUCAUAAAUGAUUAAAUCGUCAAUAUUUGAUGUGAAUAAAAAACGUCACGGGUUUCU